AUGUCAUUUAAUUGGUCAGCAUCCUCAAAUCCAUUGUUUACUGGUAUUAAACCAGCAACUACAAAUAGUUUUGCGGAUGCACUUAAACGACUUGCGGAGCAUGUUGAACAAAAAAACAAAAUAGAUGCAAGUAAUGGUGGAACUUCUAGUCUUGUUCAAUUGUCAACAGAUUUUUCUAAUCGAAUGAUUCCAUGCCAUGUAAAUAAUUCAACGUUGCCCGAAGAAACAUUACGUUUGUGUACCCAAUAUGUCCACGAGGCUGAAAGAAGAGAAGAUAUACGACGACGUUAUCUUCGAACUUAUGGUACACCUCAUAAUUCAAAUAUCAAUACACCUCCAUUGAGCAGGCGUCCUGAUGUUACUGAUCCAUAUCGGUUUAUGGCACCCCAUUUAUCUAGUCUCCUUCAUCCAUCUGCAUAUUUACAAUUACUUGCACAACAAACAAAGAUAUCACAAACAUCACAAUUUUUAUUACCAACUAUUAACAAAACUGAUGUGACACCACGCAUUCCAAUACAAGAAAAGAUUCAGAAAAGAUUGUCCGAGCAGCCAUCAGAAAUUUCAAAACCAAAAUUAAAACUUUUUCGACCUUACGACCUUGAUGAUAGUCCUACUUCAAAAUCUCAUCAAACCUCACCAUCUUCACCAUCGGCUACCACCAAUAAGAAAUCAACUUCAUCUCCCUUGUCAUGCUCCAAUAGCAAUUCAACCAUAUCUGAUGAAUCACAAACAACAACACCGUCUGGUAAAGAAAAGCAACUAUUCAAUUCAUUAGGUCUGGUUCAACAAUCUACUGAUUUAAUACCUGAAACAUCACCGCAACCGAUAGCAAUCGGCGAAGAUGCAGCAUCGAUGGACGAUAAUAUUCUUUCUCAUACAAAAGAUUCAUCAUCAUUAUCGAUCACAUAUAAACGUAAAUCAGUUUUCUCAUCAAAUCGAAAGCAAUCAAAAAUCAAUAAAAUAAACAAUACAGUGGAAUAA